CUUAUAUUCUAUCGAUACAAACAGAAGAUCCCCAUACAGCCACGUCAUCCAUCCGACCCAAAAACCGAGCAAACGUCAGCAAAAUCCGGCCACCCCACGCUUCCGGCCGCCGCCACCCAACACCCAAAUCCACCCCGUGCUGUAGGCAACAAUCGGGACAGAACCCAUCACACGGCCUGCCCCACCCAAGCACCAGGCAUCCCAGACCCGCCGCUAACCACAGAACCACCACGCCGUCAGCCCACAGCCCAAACAGCCCCGUGACGGUAGACCCAUUUCACUCGAAACCAACGACGCAUGAAGGAGAUAGACCACGUCAAACACGGGUCGCCGUCUCUCCACCACCACAGCUUCAUCUGCUGUCCCCCAGACCACAAACAUCAACGGCAGACAACAGCACUUCGACCACCACCAACCGUCUCACACACAUAGCAGAGCCCAUCGAGAGAGAGAGUCAAUGCAGGAGCUUUUUAUAAGAACAGACAGUGAGGAUCAUGAGGCAAUAUGCUGGGGCUGUGGAUUACGCCUUCUUCUUCCAUCUAAUGCACCUAUUUUCAAGUGUGGCUGGUGUGGGGCCAUAACGAAUCAAAACCCACGGAAAUGUGGAAGCAGGUGCUCUUGGUGGAGACGCUUGCGUGACCGGUGCUUUCUUUGUGUCCUCCUUGUGUUUAUGCUCUUUGUGAUAUGUGGUGGAGUAUGGGCAGUGUACCCCAUUGUUUUUUCUAUUAACUAUUUCUGUGGGAUAUUCCACUCCAUCAUAACAAUUGUCUUGUCCGUGACUACCAUUUCUUCAUUCAUCCUUGUGGCGUUUCAGUGUGCUGGCAUGCCUCCAAGCAUACAGUGGGGUUUCUACCCAGUUGUGGGAAAAGGUGACCUGGAGAAUUAUACCUUUUGUCACCAUUGCUCAAAACCAAAAUCACCUAGGACUCAUCAUUGCUGUUCGUGCGGAAUGUGUGUAUUGGAUAUGGAUCAUCAUUGCCCAUUUAUUGGGAACUGUGUUGGUGCCGCAAAUCACCGACAUUUCAUUCUCUUCCUCAUUUCAGCUGUCAUCAGUGCAAUCUAUGUAUCAAUCAUGUCUGCAUAUGCAGGGCUGCACAUAUGGCCACCAUUAACGUAUAAGAUUGGCCGUCUAAACGGGUUUAACAUGGAUUUAGCUUUCGGAGUUAUGAUGGAAGUUUUUGUAGCUUUGCUAAGGUCUGCACUGCUACUAUCCGCAAGAGGACUUGUUCUGGUAUAUCUUUUUGUUUCAACUGUUUCGGUGGAGAUAGGGUUGAGCGUGCUUCUGUGGCAGCAGCUUUGUUAUAUUUAUCAAGGAAAAACUUAUUUAAGUCAUUUAGCUUCACAGGAAAAUGAGCAAGUUGGGAAAGAAGAUUGCCAAAAUCUUUUCCGUUUUUUUGGGUGCCCUUAUUCUAAAUCAAGAUAUUUGCCAAUUUUUUGGAGAUCUCGGAAGAGACACAAAUGGUGAAAAGGUGGAUAAUUUAUGUUAAUGAUAGUCUUCCUCCUCAUGAUGCAGUGACUAGUGACUAGUGACUAGUGACUGUGUGUGUGUGUGUGUUUUUUUUGGGAUGGGGUUUGUGUCUUUCCAUGAAGUUAUUUUAGCAAAUGUUAAAAUACUAUGUCUACAUGUCAUGCUAAAUCAAACAAAAAAUAAAAUAAAAUUUGAGACUCAUUUCUUAA